AUAAAACCAUAGAGUACAAGAGAGGUAACGUCAAUUUUGAAUUCUGUCAAAACUCAAAUUCGAUUUGUCAAACUGUGUUGUCAAAUUUCUUUCAAAGUCGGGGUGUCACUUUGUGAAGUUCACAAUGGGGCGCCGACCAGCGAGAUGCUAUCGGUACUGUAAAAACAAACCGUAUCCAAAAUCACGGUUUUGCCGUGGUGUGCCUGAUCCUAAGAUUCGCAUCUUUGACUUGGGCAAAAAGAGGGCUGGCGUGGACGACUUCCCUCUAUGCGUGCACCUUGUGUCGGACGAAUAUGAGCAGCUCAGUUCGGAGGCCCUGGAGGCGGGGCGAAUUUGCUGCAACAAAUACCUGGUGAAGAACUGUGGUAAAGACCAGUUCCACAUCCGCAUGAGGUUGCAUCCAUUCCACGUUAUCCGCAUCAACAAAAUGUUAUCGUGCGCUGGGGCUGAUAGGCUCCAGACAGGGAUGCGCGGCGCGUUCGGCAAGCCGCAGGGCACGGUGGCGCGCGUGCGCAUCGGCCAGCCCAUCAUGUCGGUGCGCUCCACCGACAAGUGGAAGGCGCAGGUCAUCGAGGCGCUGCGUCGUGCCAAGUUCAAGUACCCCGGCCGCCAGAAGAUCUACAUCUCCAAGCGGUGGGGCUUCACGAAGUACGACCGGGACGAGUUUGAGAAGCUGCGCGAGGAGGGCCGCCUGGCCAACGACGGCGUCAACGUGCGCUACCGGCCCGAGCACGGCCCGCUCGACUCGUGGCGCAAGGUGCAGGUCGAGAUACACAACAUGUAGGCUCACUUUGUAACAAAUACACUAUGGUUUCAUUAU